AUGAACGAUCACUUGAUCCUCCUGUUUGUGUUGAUAUAUAUCGCAGACUUCAGUAACGGUGGCAUUGGUUUCGUGGAGAUGUUGUUUCGAUGCAAUUAUUUGGCAUUAAUUGGUGGCGGAAAACAACCCCAAUAUUCAACCAAAAAGGUGAUGGUUUGGGACGACCUGAAGAAGAAGCACGUGAUUGAACUCGAGUUCUCUUCAGAUGUCAAAGCGGUUCGUUUGCGUCGCGACAGAAUUGUUGUGGUCUUGGAGACGAUGAUCAAAGUCUAUACAUUCACUCAAACCCCACAACAGUUGCAUGUAUUCGAGACGUGCACUAAUCCAAGAGGUCUGCCAUUAGUUGUCACAUGA